AUGCCAGGGAUUGUGGUGUUCCGCCGUCGCUGGUCUGUGGGCAGCGAUGACCUCGUUUUGCCAGCCAUCUUCCUCUUCCUCCUUCACACCACCUGGUUUGUGAUCCUUUCCGUGGUGCUCUUCGGGCUGGCGUACAAUCCCAACGAGACCUGUUCCCUUAACCUGGUGGACCACGGCAGAGGCUACCUGGGCAUCCUGCUCAGCUGCAUGAUCGCAGAGGUGGCAAUCAUCUGGCUCAGCAUGCGUGGCAGCAUCCUGUACACAGAGCCCCGGGACUCGAUGCAGUAUGUGCUCUAUGUCAGACUGGCCAUCCUGGUGAUCGAGUUUGUGUAUGCUAUUGUGGGCAUCGUUUGGUUAACACAGUACUACUCCUCCUGCAAUGACCUCACUGCCAAGAGUGUCACCUUGGGAAUGGUCGUCUGCAACUGGGUCGUCAUUCUGAGUGUCUGCAUCACUGUCCUGUGUGUCUUUGACCCGACGGGACGGACCUUUGUCAAACUGCGAGCCACAAAGAGGAGACAGCGUAACCUGAGGACGUACAACCUGCGGCAUCGCCUUGAGGAGGGACAGGCCAGCAGCUGGACUCGCCGGCUCAAAGUUUUUCUUUGCUGCACACGGACAAAGGACUCCCAGUCAGAUGCGUACUCUGAAAUUGCCUACCUUUUUGCUGAGUUUUUCCGAGACCUUGACAUAGUCCCGUCUGACAUCAUCGCGGGCCUGGUCCUCCUGCGUCAGCGGCAGAGGGCAAAGCGCAAUGCAGUGCUGGAUGAGGCAAACAAUGACAUCUUGGCCUUUCUGUCUGGGAUGCCAGUGACCAGGAACACCAAGUACCUGGAUCUGAAAAACUCGCAAGAGAUGCUGCGGUACAAAGAGGUCUGUUAUUAUAUGCUGUUUGCCCUGGCUGCCUAUGGCUGGCCCAUGUACCUGAUGAGGAAGCCCACCUGUGGACUCUGUCGCCUGGCCAGAUCCUGCUCAUGUUGCUGUCUCUGCCCCUCGCGGCCUCGCUAUGCCCCUAGUGUCACCAUUGAGGAGGAUAACUGCUGCGGCUGCAACGCCAUCGCUAUCCGUCGCCACUUCUUAGAUGAGAAUAUGACUUCAGUGGACAUUGUCUACACCUCCUGUCAUGAUGCGGUCUAUGAAACUCCUUUCUAUGUGGCUGUGGACCAUGAGAAGAAGAAGGUGGUCAUCAGCAUCCGAGGAACCCUGUCUCCAAAGGAUGCCCUGACUGACCUGACGGGGGAUGCAGAGCGCCUCCCAGUUGAAGGUCACCAUGGAACCUGGCUGGGACACAAGGGAAUGGUGUUGUCUGCUGAGUACAUCAAGAAGAAAUUGGAGCAGGAGAUGGUGCUUUCUCAAGCCUUCGGACGUGACUUGGGCAGAGGAACAAAACACUAUGGGCUGAUUGUGGUGGGCCAUUCCCUAGGGGCAGGCACAGCUGCCAUUCUGUCCUUCCUGCUGCGUCCACAGUACCCAUCGCUGAAGUGCUAUGCCUAUUCUCCCCCAGGGGGGCUGCUGAGUGAGGAUGCCAUGGAGUACUCAAAAGAGUUUGUGACUGCUGUCGUGCUUGGCAAAGAUCUAGUUCCCAGGAUUGGUCUCUCACAGCUAGAGGGAUUUCGCCGGCAGCUUCUUGAUGUUCUCCAGCGAAGUAACAAACCAAAGUGGCGAAUCAUCGUGGGAGCCACAAAGUGUAUACCCAAGUCAGAGCUCCCAGAAGAGACGGAAGGGAAUUCAGUGACCAGUAACCGUCUCUGGACUCACCCCAGUGACCUAACUAUUGCUCUGUCCGCCAGUACGCCACUCUAUCCACCUGGCCGCAUCAUCCAUGUGGUGCACAAUCACCCUGCCGAGCAGUGCUGUUGCUGUGAACAGGAGGAUCCCACUUACUUUGCAAUUUGGGGUGACAAUAAAGCAUUUAAUGAAGUCAUCAUCUCCCCAGCAAUGCUGCAUGAACACCUCCCUUAUGUGGUCAUGGAGGGGCUCAACAAGGUCCUGGAGAAUUACAACAAGGGGAAAACUGCCUUGCUUUCUGCAGCCAAAGUGAUGGUGAGUCCAACAGAAGUGGAUCUCAACCCGGAAUUGAUCUUCCAGAAUCAGCCCCUGCCCAGCGGACCCUCAUUACAGAUCGGGAUUGGAGCCAUAACAGUGGACAGAAGGAACAGCAGCGUCAAGAGCAAGUCCCAUUCUGAAAUCAGUUUGGAGGGGUUUUAUGAGACCAAGCUCCUUUCUCCUGUGCAGAAGGACCCUGUGGAGCUACUGCUUCUGGAUACCAAGGAGCGCUUGUCUGUGGAGCUGCAGGACCGUCGCGCUCCUCUCGCUACCAUGGAGAGUCUGUCUGACAAUGAGUCCAUCUACAGCUUUGAGUCGAGGCGCUCCUCUGGCUUCCGGAGCAUCCGCGGUUCACCCAGCCUCCACGUCGUCAUGGAGAAGGAUGAAACGCACUGCUUUUAUAUAGACCCCGUUAUCCCUGAGGAGAACCCCUCCCUCAGCUCACGGACAGAGCUGCUUGCUGCUGACAGCCUCUCCAAACACUCCCAGGAGACCCAGCCCCCGGAGGCCUUGCACAACAGUGGUGGCACUACUCCCCAGCGACGCGGCAGUGAGGAAGGAGCUGGUAGCGAAGGGGACCACGUUUCCUUCACCCCUCGGGAGGAACUGACCCUCCAGAAUGGACGGCUCACUGAUGUGCCCAGUCCACAAGUGCUGGAGUUUGCUGAAUUUAUAGACAGCCUCUUUAACCUGGACAGCAAAAGCAGCUCCUUCCAGGACCUCUAUUGCAUGAUGGUAUCUGACAGCUCCAGUGACUUUGCUGAGAUGCCUAAGUCAGUCAGUGAUCAGGAGAUCCUGCUGAGAGCACAGUAUGAGCCCAACCUAGUCCCCAAGCCCCCUAGGUUGUUUGCUGGCUCAGCAGAUCCCUCUUCUGGCAUCUCAGUCUCACCCUCCUUCCCUCUGAGUUCGUCUGGGGAGCUUAUGGACAUCACUCCCACAGGCAUGAGCAGCCAGGAAUGCCUGGUCACUGACAAAAUCCGGACUUCCACUCCAGCUGGUCAUGUGACCAGCCCUGCCAAGCAGGAGGACCUCAUGAUCUCAGCCCUCUAG